AUGUCGAUCGCUGCGGCUGAAGAAGCACUUGAUCCUCUCCCAACAUCAUCAAUUGCAAGUGAUGAUGUAUGGCAGCUCAAGUCCGACAGCUGUGCAGCUCUACGCGCUUUUGAAGCUCAACGAAGCACACAGAUCGACAAAUUUCAAGUCCGGGAUCGCGCCUAUUGGCGUCAAUUUCACGACGAGAUACGACAUGGAGAUGCGCUCAAGCAGACGCGCACAAUCUUUGAAGCCACAGGACCUGCAGAGAUCAACGGAGUGAACGAAACCGACCAGAUGAACAUGCCGUCGUCGAUAUCUAAGGCACUACAUGUGUUAGGCGAAGUUCAGACGCAGAUGGCUGACAAAAUUGUACAAUUGACGACAGUUGUGAAGCGAGAAGUGAUGACAAAGCCGCUUGAAGAGAUGGCGACUACGUACAAGGAGCGCGUGGAGACAAUGGUGACAGAAGGCAACAAGUUAGAUGCAAUGUUGUACCAUUCACAAAAGAAUGUUGUAGACGCAUUCGAAAAGUACGAAGAAAUAUUUAAUGAAUCGGAGAGCAGGAGGGAGGGUACGAGCAGUGCAGAUCCAGUGAGACGACAGGAUUUGUGGUUGGCCGAAAUGAAUUAUUGCAUCCAUGUUCAAAAGCAGCAGCAGUGUCGAGUGGAGUAUGUAACGGGAAUGGCAGCUCUAUUUCAACAAUAUAAGGCGAUGGAGCUAUGGAGAGCAUCUGUGAUCCAGACAGCGUUGGAUACAUACAUUCCUGCUGCACAGCGUAUUGACCCCGAAAGAGACCUUGUGCAGAGUAUACGGCGGAUACCUAAGAACUAUACGGCCGCUUCGCUUUCUGCAUCAGAUAAUACAGACGCGCGGCUUUUUUCAACACUUCGCUCUCCAAUUUCAAGUCCACUUUUGGUACGUUGUGGAUUUCUCAAGAAUCAAGUGAGCGGAUCACUGUUCGCGUCAUGGAAAGAUGUUUUAUGUGCCAUCACACACGAUGGUUAUUUGCAUCUGCUCGACUUGAAAGAGAGCACGACGCGUUCCAUAACGAAGUCAACAGAGGCGAUGCUGGGGGCAAUUGCAACAAAUGAUCAGACGGCAGACGUGUACUGUCAGUCAGUACGUCUGACGAACUGCCGUAUAGAGAUCCUGGCACUAUGCUGCGCUUCGACGCUUUUCGGACGCUGA